GCUGGGACAAAGAGGAGGCAAGGGCGGGAAGAGCAGCGGCGCGAGGAAGGGGAGACCUGAAGGCUCGCUCUCGUUGCUCCCUCGCCUCGCACUCCUUCCGCGCGCCCGACGGGGAGAAGGAGAGGGCUGGCCCGGCCCGAAGGGCGGCGGCGGCGGCUCCCCGCCCAGGCUUGUUAAGUUUUAAAAACACCAGGACUCCAAAGGGCGCGGCUCGGCUUCCCUUGUGCCAGCAGGGAGGGGACUGGCGGCUCCCCACCCUCUGCUCUGCCUCCGCCGCCACCUUCAUCAGCCCCGCCGCCGGGGUUGCCGUCUCACCUGGACGCCUCCUGAGCUGCUCAGCGCCACCACGACCUGCCCCUCUCUCUCUCUCUCUCUCUUUUUCUCUCUCUCUCUUUUCCAGACGCCUGCUUGCCCCUCCGCGCCCUGAAUACCAUCCCCCCUUCCCCUCUUCGGCGCCCACUCGACCUCCUUGCCCUCUCUUCACUCUUUCCUCCCCUGUUACUCUGCAGACCUUGAUCCCCGCCGUCUUGUUAACUUGUUGGGAGGCACUUUCUUUCUCUCUCUGCUUUCUCAUUUUUGUCUCCUUCCUUACCGCCUCGCGCUUUUUUUUUUUUUAAGUUUUCCUUGGUUCUCUCUGGGCACUGCUUGAAGACUUGCGCCUUGCGAAGGCUUGGGGGCGGCGAGUGGAGGAAAGAGAGGGGCGGCGGCGGGAGCAGCCUUCCCUUCCCCGAAGAAACUUCCCUCCGGUUCGGCCGGGGCGAGUCCAUGCUUUUGUUCUGACCGGGCUCUCCCUUUUCCCACCCGAAGCGCGGAGCGUCAGCCGGCAGAGCUGCCAAGAUGAGCAUGAACGGCGGCUGCGGCGGAUCCCUCCCGAGGCUCAACACCUUGGGCAUGGGAGGGCGGAUGAUCAGAACCGAAUCCGGCACGGAUAUGCGCUACGAAAUGAACUCGCACAUGAUGGGGGGAGGCGGCGGCGGCGGCGGUGGUGGAGGAGGAGGAAGCAGCCAUACCCAUAAGGUGUAUUACAUCCAGAAGAGCUACGGAGGGGACCUGAACUCUGACGGUUACAUUCAAAAUGGAACUGGCACUAUGACCAGGCGUCAGAAUACCAUCCAGGAGCUUCUGCAGAACUGCUCUGAUUGCCUCAUGCGUGCUGAACUCAUAGUCCAGCCUGAACUGAAGUAUGGGGAAGGUAUCCAGAUCAGCAGGAACCGAGAAUUGGAGGAGUACUUUGGGCAGGCAAAUGAAUAUAUUGAUAUUCUUGAUGGAUUGAUCAGAGAGAUGAGACAAAUGGGGCAGCCAUGUGACCUGUACCAGAAAAGAUUGCUUCAGCUUCAAGAGCAGAUGCGGGCCCUCUACAAAGCCAUCAGCGCACCCCGUGCCCGUAGAGUUAGCUCAAAAGGUGGCUAUACCUCGCAGAGUGGAUCAGGAUGGGAUGAAUAUACCAGGCGUGUUACUACUGAUUGUCUGAACUGGAUGAGGCAGAAGAAGGCUGAAAUGGAGGCAGUAAAAUGGGGAUUUGAUGCAGCAGCUAUCGAACAACAAAUCAUUGACCACAGAAAAUUUCAUAAUGCCAUCGGUGACUAUCGCUGGCACUUGGACAAAAUCAAAACUGAUCUGCGUGAGAAGGCUGCUAUUCACCAACUAGAGGAAGAGUUUGAAUAUCUGCUGAGAUUCUCCUUUGAAAGAAUGGAUCAGCUGCGCCAGUUGCAAAACAUCAUCCAAGCAACCAGCAGGGAAAUCAUGUGGAUCAACGACUGUGAGGAGGAGGAGCUUCUCUAUGACUGGAGUGAUAGAAACACUGAUAUUGCAAGAAAGCAGGAAGCGUUCUCCAAACGCAUGAGCCAGCUGGAAGUUAAGGAGAAAGAACUCAAUAAGCUUAAGCAGGAAUGUGACCAGCUGGUACUCAGUCAGCACCCUGCUUCUGACAAAAUUGAGGCCUACAUGGAUACACUGCAGACUCAAUGGAGUUGGAUUCUCCAGAUCACCAAAUGCAUUGAUGUUCAUCUCAAGGAGAAUGCAGCAUACUUUCAGUUUUUUGAGGAAGCCCAAGCUACUGAAAACUAUUUGAAGAACCUACAAGAUGCCAUCAGGAAAAAGUUUAUUUGUGACAAGAACAUGUCCUUGCCAGUUCUGCUGGAGCAGAUCAAGGAGUUAGAGAAUGAACGAGAGAAGAUUCUGGAAUACAAGAGGCAGGUGCAAAAUUUGGUGAAUAAGUCAAAGAAGAUAGUGCAGCUAAAACCACGGAAUCCUGAUUACAAGAGCAAUAAAACCAUCAUUCUCAAAGCCCUGUGUGACUACAAACAGGAUCUGAAAACAAUGCGCAAGGGAGAUGAAUGCAUUUUGAAAGAUAACAGUGAACGCAGCAAGUGGCAUGUGACCGGACCAGGAGGAGUGGAUAUGCUGGUGCCAUCUGUCAGUCUCAUUAUUCCUCCCCCUAACCCAUUAGCUGUGGAUCUGGCAACCAAGAUUGAACAGUACUAUGAAGCUAUCAUGGCUCUCUGGAAUCAGCUCUACAUCAACAUGAAGAGCCUGGUGUCUUGGCAUUACUGCUUGAUUGACAUUGAGAAAAUCAAGGCUAUGACCAUUAGAACAGGACUGAAGACAAUGCGCAGAGAAGAUUAUCAGCGUGUAAUUGCUGAUCUGGAGAUUCACUACCAAGAAUUCCUCAGGAACAGCCAAGGAUCAGAAAUGUUUGGUGAUGAUGAGAAGAGGAAGAUACAGACUCAGUUCACUGAUGCCCAAAAGCACUACCAGACUCUGGUCAUCCAGCUGCCAGGCUACCAACAGCAACAACGUCCUCAGCCACCACCACAAAUUAUACAGACUAUGCUGACUCAUGUGGGCUCUGCCGGCAAAGGUCAAAUUCCAGAUUGGCCCCGGGAGCAGGAUAGGCAGGAGGCCUGGAUACUCAUGGAACUCCAGAAGCUUCGGCGCCAAAUAGAAAACUGUGAAUUUCGGGCGGUACAGAGAACACCCCUCCAGCUUGAUCAAGGGGCCUCCCACAAUUUGACCAUCAGAAUCAGUGAAUUAGAGGGCAUACAAAAUGAAUCCCAGGCAAUGGCAGAUGCUCUCAACAGACAGAACGAUUACCUUCCCAAUUUUAGGGGCUCAGAAAAGUAUCUGUAUUUGCAGUCUGAAAUCAAUGCUUUGUUUCAGAAACUGGAAAAUAUUAAUGGGGUUUCUGCUAGUUAUUUAGAUAGUUUAAACGCAUUGAGAUCACUACUUCAGGCCAUUCUCCAGACAGAUGACGUGAUCCGAGUGUUUGAAGUCCGACUCACAGAAGAGGACACUCUUUCUUUGGAUCCAGAUAAAGUAGAAGCUUACCGUGCCAGCUUGAAGAAAAUGAAAGCAGACCUUAGCAUGAAGAAGUCCUUGCUCAGCACCUUAGAAGCAGAGCUGCAGAAGGCCCUCCAGGUUCACUCGCAAUCUUCACAGUCGUAUACACUCUAUGAUUUAGAUCUCGGAAAGUACACGGACAAAGUCAACCAGCUAACAGACCGUUGGCAAAGAGUGGAGAAACAAAUAGAUGACAGAUCCUGGGAUUUAGAAAAACAGGUCAAGCAGCUGAGAACCUAUCGAGAUCAUUACCAGGCUCUGAACAAAUGGAUCUCUGAUGCCAGGCGACGCCAGGAUACUAUUGAAACUAUGAAGUUGGGAGAUGUUAGCACUGUCAUGAGAUACUUGCAAGAACAAAAGAAUUUGAACAAUGAAAUAACAGGCAAGCGAGACAAAGUGGAAGAAGUGGUCAAGAAUGCAGAGGUGUGCUCAGCUGCUAUCAAGGAUUACGAACUCCAGGCUGCAGCCUAUAGUUCAGGACUAGAGACUUUGUUGAACAUUCCAAUCAAGCGGACUGUGGUCCAGUCUCCUUCAGGGUUAAUUCUGCAAGAGGCUGCAGAGAUUCAGUCUCGAUACAUAGAACUUCUUACAAGAUCUGGAGAUUAUUACAAGUUCUUGAGUGAAAUGUUAAAGAGCCUGGAAGAUUUAAAGAUGAAAAGCACCAAAAUAGAACUAUUGGAAGAAGAGCUGAGACUGGCCCGAGACGCCAGUUCUGACAGUAGCAAUAAGCACAAAUUCUUGGAGCAAAACCUGCAGAAGUACCAGGUGGAAAUUUCCCAGCUGAAAGCCAAACUCAUGGGCUUGGAAGAAAUGAAGAGACAAGCAGAGAUGGACGGCAGUUCUGCCAAACAAAACCUGGAUAAAUGCUAUGCUCAGAUAAAAGAUCUGAACGACAGGAUAACAAGACUGACAUAUGAAAUUGAGGACGAGAAGAGGAAGAGGAAGCUGCUGGAAGACAGAUAUGAUCAGCAGAAGACUGACUUUGACCAAUUGCAGAAGACAAGGCAGAGUGAGAAAGAAAGUAUUGGUUGGCAAAAGAUUGAAUCUGAGAAAAUCAUCAAGGAGAAAGAGUACGAAAUAGAAAGGUUAAGGGUUCUUCUCCAGGACGAGGGGACUCGGAAGAGGGAGUAUGAGAAUGAGCUGGCUAAGGUAAGAAACCAGUUUAAUGAGGAGGUCAGUAAUCUAAAGAACAAGUAUGAAACAGAGAUUAACAUUAAGAAGACCACCAUUCACCAGAUAGCAUCCCAGAAAGAAGAUGAUGCCAAAAACCUCAGAGCCCAAAUCGAUAGGCUACAGAGGGAGAACAGAGACUUGAAGGAUGAGAUCGUCCGCCUCAAUGAUACUAUUCUGGAAACUACGGACCAACGGAGGAGGGCGGAAGAGAAUGUUCUUCAGCAGAAGGCCUGUGGCUCUGAAAUGAUGCAGCAGAAGCAACAAAUUGAGCUGGAACUGAAGCAGGUUCUUCAGCUGCGCAAUGAAGACAACUCAAGAUACAAGAAGGCACUUGAAGAUGCUACUUCAACCAUUCAGGAAAAAGCCAAGGAGAUUGAAAGACUAAAGAUUCAGCUGCAGGAAGAGGCUAAAAGCCGUUGGGAACUUGAAAAUGAACUGGCUAAGGUAAGGAACAAUUAUGAUGAGGAAAUUAUUAGUUUAAAGAACAAGUAUGAGACUGAGAUUAAUAUCACAAAGACCACAAUAAACCAGGUGACAGUACAAAAGGAAGAGGAGUCCAGUAAUUACCGAGCACAACUUGACAAUGUCAUAAGAGAAAAUAGGAGCUUAUGCGAUGAAAUUAGGAGACUGAAGAAUACGAUAAGUCAGACCACGGAGAACCUUAGACAUGUAGAAGAAAGUGCUCAACAGCAAAAAGCCAUUGGCUCAGAGAUUUCACAAAAGAAACAGCAACUCGAAAUUGAGUUAAAGCAGACUGUCCAGAAAUAUUCAGAAGAGACCGUGCGUUAUAAGCAGUCACUUGAUGAUGCUGGAAGGACAAUUAAAGAGAAAAAUAAAGAGAUUGAAAAGUUUAGAAAGUUAUUAGAAGCAGAAACAAACCAGAGGAAAUCCUUGGAGGAGGAAAAUAUUCGACUGCAAAGAGUGCAGUAUGAUCUGGAGAAAGUCAAUAUCAAUGCAACAGAAACCAUCAGCCGGCUCAAAGUUCAGGAGCAGGAGUUGGGGCGGUUAAGAAGUGAAUAUGAAAGACUUACACAAGAAAAGAAAGGGAAAGAUCAAGAAAGUACAAGGUUCCAGAGCACUAUAAAAGAGUUGCACCAUCAGAAACACACACUCGAGGAGGAGCUUAAUAGGCAAUCUAGAACUUUAGCUGAAGAAACGUCCAAGAGAAAGAAAGUAGAAGAAGAGCUAGAAACAAUGAGGCGAUCUCUCAGAGAGCAAGCUGUUAAAAUCACAAACCUCACUCAGCAGAUAGAAGAGGUCUCAAUUGUAAAGAAAAGGAGUGAAGAUGACUUGAGACACCAAAGAGAAAUCCUAGAUAAUCACAUGAGAGAUAAGCAGAGAUACAUGGAGGAGAUAAGGAAGUACACCUCAGAGAUUGAAACCCUGCGUCGCCAAAUGGUCCAAGAGCAGGAGAAUCUGAAACAGGCUCAUGUGCGCAAUGAGCAUUUGCAGAAGGCUAUUGAGGAUAAAAGCAAAAGCCUAAAUGAGUGCAAGAUCGAAAUCGAAAGGCUUCAGUCUCUUACUGAGAACCUUACAAAAGAACAUUUGAUGUUAGAGGAAGAGCUGCGAAACGUAAGACUGGAAUACGAUGAUCUAAGAAGGGGCAGAAGUGAAGUGGAUGAGGAAAAAAAUGCUACAAUAAUUGAACUAAAGAAUCAACUCCAAACAAGCAGCAAGCAUACCCUUGAACUUCAGGGUCUGAUAAAUGAUUUAAAGAAAGAAAGGGACAAUUUGAGACAGGAAAUUGAAAAAUUCGAAAAGCAGGCUUUAGAGUCAUCCCACAGGAUUCAAGAAACCAAAACCCAAUGCACUCAUAUUAUGCAAGAACGAGAAACAUUGCUGAUAAAAAUAAAUGCCCUGGAGCAAGAUAAAGCAAGGUUGCUGAGAUUAGAGGAAGAGCUGAAUCGUGCCAAAGCUGCACUAGAAUCAGAAUCUCGCUUGAAAGUACGGCUGGAGAAUGAGAAACAGCAGAUCAUGAAUGACUUAAAUCAGUGGAAGAGCCAGUACUCCCGGAAGGAAGAAACUAUUCGGAAGAUUGAAUCUGAGCGAGACAAAAGUGAGAGGGAAAAGAGCACCUUGAAGAUAGAGAUAGAGAGGCUGCAGGCGGAGAUCAAGAGGAUUGAGGAAAGGUUUCGGAUGCGGUUAGAAGAGACAAGUAGAAAGAGCCAGUCAGACGUGGAGGCUGAGCGCUUGAGACUACAGAGGGAGAUUGAGAAGCUGAAACAGCGUCCCUGCGGAUCCCACAGAGGCACUCAAACAGAGGAGGACUUUGUCAUUGAUCCUUCCAAACUGCUUUUCAAUGGGCUUCGGAAAAAAAUAACAGCUGUUCAGUUGUACGAGUGCCAGUUGAUAGACAGAAGCACCCUAGAUAAGCUGCUGAGAGGGCAAAAAUCGGUGGAAGAAGUUGCUGCUGACCUUGAGCCCUACCUUAAAGGAGCUGGGGCUAUAGCAGGAGCAUCUCUGAGCCCCAAGGAUAAGUAUUCUUUGAGAGAGGCAAAACAGAAGAACUUGCUUCCCCAAGAGACUGCAGUCCUGCUUUUGGAAGCCCAGGCUGCCACAGGAGGUGUGAUUGAUCCCCACCGAAAUGAACUGCUAAGUGUGGACAGUGCUGUUGCUAGAGACUUGAUUGACUUUGACGACAGGGAACAGAUCUAUACAGCUGAAAAGGCAAUCACUGGAUUUAAAGAUCCCUUUUCUGGGAAAACAGUGCCUGUGGCAGAAGCCAUAAAGAAAAACUUGGUAGACAGGGAUACUGGGAUACGUCUUCUUGAAGCCCAGUUGGCUGCUGGAGGCAUUGUUGACCCGAUUAACAGUGUCUUCCUGCCAAAAGAUGUUGCUUUAUCCCGUGGGGUCAUUGACCGAGACUUGUACAGAGUUUUGAAUAAUCCUUCAAAGAAUUUGAUUGACCCUAUCACUAAGAAAGCUAUAAGUUACAUGAAGCUGAGGGAUAAAUGCAGAAUCGAACCACACACUGGGCUACUUCUCCUCCCUGUGCAGAAGAGAAGCAUGUCAUUCCCAGGCAUCAGGAAGCCCAUUUCUGUUUCAGAACUUGUCGAGUCUGGCAUCAUUCAGAAAUCAACAGCAAAUGAUCUAGAAAGUGGGAUCAUCACUGUGGAAGAAGUCACUGACCGGAUCAAAGACUUCCUCCAGGGCUCCAGCUGCAUAGCUGGUAUUUAUAAUGAGGCCACCAGAGAAAAGCUUGGCAUUUACCAGGCCAUGAAAAUAGGCUUGGUUAGACCAGGGACGGCUCUUGAGCUUCUAGAAGCCCAGGCAGCCACUGGAUUCAUUGUGGAUCCUGUUAGCAAUUCAAGGCUUGCUGUGGAAGAAGCCUACAAGAAAGGUCUGGUUGGAAUAGAGUUUAAAGAGAAACUUCUGUCUGCUGAAAAAGCCGUCACUGGGUACAGAGAUCCAGAAACAGGAAAUAUUAUCUCCUUGUUCCAAGCCAUGAACAAGGAACUCAUUGAGAAAGGCCAUGGCAUCCGUUUACUGGAGGCCCAGAUAGCUACUGGUGGGAUCAUUGACCCUAAGGAAAGUCAUCGUCUGCCAGUCCACACAGCGUAUCAACGUGGCUACUUCAAUGAAGAGCUAAAUGACAUUCUCUCUGAUCCUAGUGAUGAUACCAAAGGGUUUUUUGACCCCAACACUGAAGAAAACUUGACUUACCUGCAGUUGAAAGAAAGAUGCAUAACAGAUGAAGAGACAGGGCUCUGUCUCUUACCUCUGCGGGAGAAGAAGAAAUUGGUGCAGACCUCACAAAAAAACACCCUUAGGAAACGCAGGGUUGUCAUUGUAGAUCCAGACACAAACAAGGAGAUGUCCGUCCAGGAGGCAUACAGCAAAGGUCUCAUAGAUUAUGACACUUUUCUGGAGCUUCGUGACCAGGAGUGUGAAUGGGAAGAAAUAACAAUCACAGGAUCAGAUGGAAGCACCCGAAUUGUACUUGUUGAUAGGAAAACAGGCCAUCAAUAUGAUAUCCAAGAUUCCAUUGAUAAGGGUCUUGUCGACCAGAAAUUUUUUGACCAGUACCGUUCAGGAUCAUUGAGUCUCACACAGUUUGCAGACAUGAUUGCUUGCAGAAAUGGUAGCGACGAAGUCUUUAGACAUGAGGCCAUCAUGAGGUCUCCCACUCUAAUGAGUGUAAAGAGCUCUUCUGUGGUGUUAAAGAGUAGCUCUGGCUCCUUUUCUGAAUCCUUUGAGGAAACUAGUCCCAUUGCAGCCAUUUUUGAUACAGAAAAUUUGGAGAAGAUCUCCAUUUCAGAAGCUGUGGAACGGGGCAUCGUUGAUAGCAUCACUGCCCAACGUUUGCUUGAAGCCCAAGCUUGCACUGGAGGCAUCAUAUGUCCAACCACAGGCCAGCGUCUUUCUCUUCAGGACGCAGUUGUCAAAGGCCUCAUAGACCAUGAUAUGGCUACUCGGCUGAAGCCAGCUCAAAAAGCUUUUGUAGGGUUUGAAGGCAUCAAAGGUCGAAAGAGAAUGUCAGCAGCAGAGGCAGUGAAAGAAAAGUGGCUACCUUAUGAGGCUGGACAACGCUUCCUUGAGUUUCAGUUUAUCACAGGAGGCCUUGUUGACCCAGAAGUACGGGGGAGAAUAAGUACAGAAGAAGCCAUUAGGAAAGGAAUGAUUGAUGGCCGGACCGCCCAGAGAUUACAAGACACUGGCAAUUAUGCGAAGAUUUUGACCUGUCCCAAAACCAAACUGAAGAUUUCCUACAAGGAUGCAGUGAAUCGCUCUAUGGUGGAAGACCAGUCUGGGCUCAGGUUACUAGAAGCUGCUUCUGUUUCUUCCAAAGGCAUAUCUAGCCCAUAUAAUGUUUCUUCAGCACCAGGUUCUCGUUCAGGGUCACGCUCAGGGUCACGCUCUGGGUCACGCAGUGGAUCUAGAAGGGGAAGUUUUGAUGGAAGCACAAAUACUUCAUAUUCUUACUCCUAUACAACUGUUAGCAGCAGCAGCAUGCUGGGGCGCUAGUAAUGAACCAGCAAGCUAAUCUGAAAUGUCAUCUUAAUCUAAUGGGAACCUAUGUUCCUUUUUUGUUUAAACAAAAUAUACAAAAAUAUAAAAAGAACUGGUUGAUGGCAAUAUUAAUACUUGCUUGGGUGAAAUAGUUAAGCUGCAAAAUAGAAAUUAAAUCCAAAUGUAUCCUGAAAAAUCUUUCUUGAGGGGGUGCUGUGCGUCUUCGUGUUUUUUUUUUAAAAAAAUAGCUGUUUUUUAAGGGUGCAGACUUGUGCAAAUUUUGAGAAAUCUGCCUCUUUUUUAAAAAAAGUUUGCCAUUUUGCAUCUUUUCAUGUUUAAUUCUUCUGUUAGUCACAUAGUACUUCAAACUAUUAAGCUAGGCUCCAUGGUUGUAUAUCACUGUCAGGGUACUGUAUUUUUUAUGCCACUAUCAUUGUAGAUGUUGUAAUGCAAAAGGGUAUUAUACUCAGUGGUGCUAGGCUAUUUUUCUGUUGGUCGCUUCACAGUUUAUUAAGGUGGACAUUAGAAUGUGCCUUUCUUUUGCUGUGGAUAAUCAUUUCUAUUCAUCUUCGCUUGCUUGUUUUCUGUCACACAAGACUGCAUAAAAUCUACUAUUCUGACAAUAAAAUUUAACCACUUUCGAUU